UGCAAGACGGUUAAACGCUUUCAAAGCGCGUUCUGUGUCAAAUUUUUGUGUGGAAGGAAGAAGAGGAAGUGAAAAAAAAAAAAUUUUAUGAAUUGUGAAAGUGAAAAAAGUGCACAGCACUACUAUUACUAUGGACACCCCCACACAUAUACAUAUUUCUGCAUUAGUGGUCGGAAGCAUAGCAGCGCAUUGAAGGAUGUCUUAGAUGAAGCAUAACUACCAUUGUGGCUGCUGUGAAUUUGUGUAAGCGUCAAAAGCAAGCUCUUAACCAAACACUGUGAUCAUCAAGCAUUUUCAACUCGUCAGCAUCAGAUGAGCGGAAGCAAAGUAGUGACACUCAACCACAAUGGAUGGCGAACCGAUGUCAUUCACCAGUCUGGCGCUGAUUUUACUAUUGUUAAUAGCAAUUGUAAUGUUUGCCUGCCAUUGUUUGGGACCACACGCCAACACAUGGAUGCGAUCCAAUAAGGAAGAAAAGAUAGGACUAUCGAAAAAUAAACUUUUUCAUGCCAAUGGUUAUAUGAUCCAUUCUGGCUCAGAAUUUUUACUCAGCAACAGCGGCAGUUUUAAGCGUUUUGAUACUAUCGAUAAGGAUGACUACCGGCAGUCGGGUCAACAGCCCACCCAUCAUGCAACUACACCGCUUUGGAAUCUAGCUGGCGAGGGAGAAGUUGAUUCCAACAUACCACCACAACCGUUAAGACCAGCGCCAGCACCCGGCACACAGACGCCCGCCAGUGCUGGUCACAUAAAAACAGUCACUUUUUCAUUUGAACAAAUCAAUGAGACCACCACACCCAUGAACAAUGGUGGCGGACACCGAUUUCUGGAACAAGUAAACUCGAAUAGUCACGCCAGUAACAGUGAUAACGCGUCGAUGGUUUCUUGCAUGCGUUCUUCUAUGAAGACCACAAAUGCGCCAAUACCAAAACCAAUUGAAGCGCCACCACCGCCACGACUGUCUGCUGCCCCAUCGUCGGCCUUGAGCGCUACCGCCAUACCACGCCCGGUGGCUAAGCGGCAUGUGUCAUUGCAAAAUGUUGGCAAUGAUGCAGCUGCUACAGGUGGUCAUGUGGAUACAAUCAAAACUACAACAACAAUACAGGAAACUGAAGCUUUACCCACAACAACGACAACAGCUGCAACGACUGCGGAUGGCGAGCGUAGUCAUUUGAAGGCGUUGAAGCGUCGUAAUUCCAGCACAAAUCCCUUUCUUUGCGAAUCCGCGGAUAGCUUACCGGAAUCCAACACUGCCUUAUCAACACAGCAAACAUCAGAGCAACAACAACAACAACAACAACAGUUUAAUACACUUACAAAUAAGCAAAAUAAUUCUAACUACACCAAAAGUAAUUUUAACGGGCAUAAGUGCAAUGGCGCCGCAAUCGACGAACCAACUGUACCAGCAGGCGCUACAACUACAAAUGACAGUGCCAUAAAUGGCCGCUGUAAUCCUUUCUACAGCGAGUUGACCAAUGCGCCUGAUGCGUUAACAGCGAACUCCAACAACACUGCACCAACUUCACUAAGCGCAAAAUCACUACAACAACAAUUCCAAGAAUUCCGCAAUCGUUCGUUUUCCACCACGGAAGCAACCGAAGACUCCGACCUAAGUUCGCUCUCAAGUGGAUUACGUCGAUUAACACAAAACUCAACAAACCCCUUCACCGGCUUGUCGCAACGCGUACAAAAGGGGCCACAUAUGCUACAGAAAACCAUCUCGGAAGACUUCCUCUUCCGCAAACUGGGCGUAAAUCCAGCCGGUGCACAGGCAGCAAAUUGCACGUCAGGUUUGAGUGGCAACGGCAAUGGCAGCAGCAGCAUUAGUGGUAGUGGUAGUGGCAGUGGCAACACCACCUGGACCUUUGGCCGUUCAUUGCUGCGCCAAGAUUCUCUAAUGAGCCUUGGCCGACGCAACAGUUCACAAUGUUCGCUCGACUCGACGGCGUGCGGUUCGCUGGAGGGCAUCAACUUGGAGCGUGCCAUCUCGUGUGACUCGGUGAACUCGGACACCUCGUCAGUAUUUGUGGGCGAAUUGGAUCAGCCAUAUACACAGAUAACGGGAUACCUGUGUGUCGGAUUGCAAUAUGAUAAAAAUUUCAUCACCGACGAGGGCAUGGAGCUCAGCGUUAUGGUGCUGGAGGCAAAGGGGCUAAUUUGUCCUUUUAACGUCGAGUCGUUAGACACUUUUGUGCGCAUUUAUCUUGUGCCAGACGAGGCGGCAGCAAUGCAGACGAAGGUAUUCAAAGAUUCUGUCACGCCUAGCUAUAAUGAAACCUUCAACUUUUGGCUAAAAAAGCAGCAUGGACGACACUCGCUUUGGUUCCAUUUAUAUCACAACGGCGAUGCGCACACGUUGAUCGGUGAAGCAGAAAUGGAAAUCGGUGAAAUGCCACGCUCUGUCACCACAUGGAUACCACUAACCGAUUCACGCAAAUGUAAUGCACAGUGGGGCGAAUUAAUGUUCUCUCUAAGCUAUUUGCCCACAGCCGAACGCCUUACAAUUGUUAUAGUGAAAGCGCGAAAUUUAAAAAUGGAAAUAAAAGAAAGUGGUAAAAACGGCGCACCACAGGAGGUACAAAGCGUUUUCGUCAAGGUCUACUUGAUGAACAACGAGAAGAAAGUGCUUAAGAAACGCACCUCACUCAAACGUCGCGAUCGCUGCCCCAUCUUUAAUGAAUCGAUGAUAUUCAGUGUGCCACCGCCAAGCCUUACCACCGUACAGCUGCGUCUCACCGUUUUUGGUGUAACCGAUGCUGAGGAUGGCGCACCGCGUAUUGCGCCCAUUGGACAUGUGAUAGCCGGUGCCUGUGCCACGGGCAAGGGAUUGCGCCAUUGGCAUCAAAUGCUCUCCUCGCUACGCAAACCGGUGGCAAUGUGGCAUGUGCUGCGACGCGCCUCCUAUCAGCCGAUAUUUACCGGCGGCGCUGAGGCAGUUGUAGCCGCUAUGCAGAGCACCGCCUUACGUGCCAAGCGUAACAGUAUUAUUUAAAUGUUGUUAUUAAUACAAGCAACGUUUUCCCACCAUCAACUCACCAUUACUGGAGCGUAUCCGUAAGAGACGCGCCUUUGCCGAUCCUGAGCU